AUAUAUUGCACUCAUAAUGCAAAAAUGAAAUUCCAAUCGAUUUUUAGAAGCAAAACAAAACAUAGAACCCUUCAUUAUCUCAUAAAUUAUUCCUGGCUUCUCAUUGCAAUGUGCUUCGAAAAAGGUGCUAUUCAAAAAUGUAGUACUUGAGCGAGAAUGAAAAACUUGACAAGCGCCAACUUCACGCCGUUCAUCCAUCUGAUUUUUCUCUUUAUUUACAUUUUGUUCGCACAAAAACAUCUGACAAUCUUCGGAAUACUAUCAGUGCCCUUUCAAGUUUCAAGAUGGCAGUACAUUAAGUCGUAUUCGUGUCAAAUCUAAUGUGUCUCGUAAUAUUGCAUGGAGCAAUUGAGUAAUUUUCCAUUUAUAAAUUCGUAAAUUCCAAGUGAAUAAUUGGAUAUAAUUUAAUUUUCAACAUUGAUUCAAUAUGGAUUUUGGAUCAAUAUUAUCGGUUGCGCAAAAAAAUACAAAAACUGUUAACCAUUCGUCCGAGAGGAGUAAAUUUUAUUCGACCAAAUUUGAGCCGCCGAAGAAAGAGACAAAGGAGAAAAAGUUAUCCGAUGGUAUCAAGAAAUUCCUAGAGCAAAAAAGUCAUGAAGAGAAAAAAGAUAAGGAAAAAAAGCGUAAGGAAUAUGCUGAACUGAUGGCUUUGCGUACGGACCGUGAUAAAAACAAAAUCAAAAAGCAUUUGAAAGUGACCAAGUCAGCCAAUAAAUCGGUUUUGGACGAUGCAGUCAAUAGUACGGAUACAGCUGUCACUAUGGAAGGUCCAGAGCAACCCGAUGAAGAUGACUAUGGGUAUACGUCGAAUGAGGCCAGUGCACUGUACAAAAGUUUAAUGGAUAAAUACAAAUCAAUGCCGGAGGAUACGAAAUUCGCCAAGUCAUCGUUGAAUGGUAGUAAAACUGCGGAUCUAAUGUCGACGAAAGAUCGUGUACGUGCGGCAAUCCUACGCGAAAAGGAAGAUGAAAAGUUGGGGCGGAAACGAACAACCACAACAAGUGCUGAUAUUUCGAGUAGUUCAAGCAGCGAACAAAAGCAUCGUUCGCGUAAGAAUUUUUACGAUCCAAAGGCUGAACGUGAAGCUGAUGAACGAAGGAAAAAAGAGCUUGAGGAUGAGAAACGUAAAAGCAUAAAAAACAAGCGACCUCCGCCGCCUGUUAUGGAUUUUCAGAAACUAUUGAAAUUAGCCGAAGAAAAACAACACGAACCAAUCAAAGUUGAAGUGCCACAAAAACCGAAAGAGCCCGAGAGAUUGCUGACUUCGAAAGAGAAGCGAGAAAUUGAAAUGAAAAAGAAGGAAUUGGAAGAACGAGAACGACGGCGAAUGGGUUUGCCACCAAGCAAACCGCAGAUUAAUGGUGAGCAACGAAAACCGGAAGCAACACAAAUAGCGAAUGGUAGAAUACCAAGAUUGAAUGGGUCGAAUGCACCAUCAUCUAAGUCUUCAUCAUCACAACCAGCAUUAGACAUUCGCAAACCAAGUACUUCAUCCAUGAGAGAACCAAUUAGACCAGUAUCGAGCGCUUCAUUACACAAUAAAACACCUUCCAAACCGCAAUCACAACCGAGCGCAAGCGGAUCAAGACCGACAUUUGCAAAGCCUAGCACAUCACAGCCAUACGGAAAGCGACCAGUCGAUUUGAAAUCGAGAAACCAAACGCAUGACAGCACCCGAAAUGUUCCCAAACAAAGCACAUCAUCCAAACCAGCUUCAAAGCCGAUCGAUUCGAAAAUUGUGAAGACACGAGAAUUUCCCCCGAAAGAUUUAGUCAAACCGAAAGAAUUCCCGCCACGCGAUGUGGCCAGGUCUAAAGAAUUUCCACCUCGAGAUCCGGUGAAAUCAAGGGAAUUUCCACCGCGUGAUAUGCAACGCGGUCAUACGUCGAUGAAACACAAAUCGGCCGCAUCAAAACGUCGCAUCAUUGAGGACUCUGAUGAAGACGAAGAUGAAUACGAUUCGGAAAUGGACGAUUUCAUUGACGAUGACGAAGGUUUUGACUACUCGAGCGAAAUCCGAAACAUAUUUGGAUAUGAUAAAUCUCGUUACCGCGACGAAGACGAUGAUAUCGACAAUAUGGAAUCGACAUUCGCACAACAGCAACGCGAAGAAUUUAUUAGCAAAAAGAUUGGAAUCCAGGAGGAUUUGGAGGAUAUACGAUUAGAAGCCGAAGAAAAGAAGAGAAAAGCAGCAAAGCGACAACGUCUCUAAAACCACUGUGCAUUUUUAAUUUUAUCACAUUAAAAACCUAUAUAUGUAAUAUUAUCCUCAAACACUAACAAUGUUGGGCAAACUUAUCUAUUUUUACGUUUAAUAAAAUUUUUACCAAUUUCAAAUAUGAUUCGAAAA